CUGUGUUCCCUCUGUUUCGGGCAACGGCCACAGGCAUGGCAACAAGAUCUGUAUUCUUCACUCUCCAUAUCUUCCUUGUGACUUGUAAGGUUAAUCUUCAAUGGCCUUAUAUUCUCUGCACUAUCCGGCCUCUCGGCCUUGUCGGGGACCGGCGCCGGCGCCUCCGCCUCCGCGACGUUUGCGUCCGUUUUCCCUACAAAAACUUUUCACUUCAGCCCGAGCAGCUACUUCUGUAUCUCAGCAUCCAUUGCUGAAUUCUUCUUUCAUCGACAAUGUCCAUCCUUUUACUUUCUCUCCAUCUUUGGUUCCUACCAGAGCUAGAUCUCUUAAUGCAGUUAAAUCUGUUUUCCGAACCAAUUUCGAUGCCCCUCUGAUUUCUCCUGAAGAUCAAUGGGGCACCUGGACCGGUCUAUUCGCCGCCGUUGCUUUUGGCAUCUGGUUGGAAAGGACCAAGAUUGGUAGCACAUUGAGUGGUUCUCUGGUAAGCAUUUUAGUAGGGCUUGCAGCGAGUAAUUUGGGAAUUAUUGCCAGUGAAGCUUCGGCAUAUAAGAUUGUUAUUGGUUUUCUGCUCCCAAUAGCCGUUACGUUGUUGUUAUUUAGGGCUGACUUGCGCCGCGUGAUCAAGUCACCUGGGACACUUCUCUUAGCUUUCUUGCUGGGUUCAGAUUUCGUUGACCUUCUCACCCAUAAUAUUGGCAGUUGCAACAACAGUUGGAACGGCAAUAGCAUAUGUGCUGGUUCCAAUGCGAUCACUUGGUCAAGAUAGUUGGAAGAUAGCAGCUGCACUCAUGGGCAGACAUAUUGGGGGAGGUCAUUCUCAUUUCUUUACCUAGAUCUUAUUAAUAGUGGUUUCUAAUCUUCGACGCAGACAUGGUUUUCUGAAGUUUAACUGGUGAUGAAUAAUUUCCCUUGUUUAGCUGCCAACUAUGUUGCCAUAUCUGAGGCGCUUGAAAUUUCUCCUUCAGUUUUAACUGCUGGGUUAGCUGCAGAUAAUGUUAUCUGUGCAGUAUAUUUUUCAACAUUGUUUGCACUAGCCUCUAAAGUGCCUCCAGAGGCUUCAUCAUCAGGAAACGGUAACUUUUCUUCCUUCCUGGUUAUAAGGAACAAAUCUUUGUUUGAGCAUUCCAACACAGGCAAAGACUUGUAAGCAUAUCAGGCACACUAAACUUUCAAGCGAAACUGAUCUUUCACAUGCUUGAUUGGUUUUUGUUUUACUUAUCUCUCAUAGAUUGGGUCUAUGUUAGGAUUUCUACAAUAAUAUUAAUAUUAAUAUCAUAUAUAAUUUGGGAAAGGCAUGAUAUAUUCCCUGAUGGACCCAUAGCUUUUGGGUCUAAGUUGUUAAUGGACUAUCGCAGGAGGGUAGAAAUGAAAGAGAGUUCAAAGGCCUGGUCGAAGGGAAGGAAAAAGGUAUUAGGUACUGUGAGUGUCAUUUGGGCCAUGAGUGUGGUGAGUUGGAUGAGGGAUUGUGUUAGUGGGAUUGGAGAGCUUUAUUAAAGGGGUUUGGAGGAUCGUGAGGAGGCUGGCGGAAAGUGAGUAUUGUGAGGGAGGGUGCUUGGUCUCUCUAAUACUAGGUUGGGGGUGGAGGAAGUUCAUCUUUCUUCAUUUUCCUUUAUGCUUUGAGAGUGUAAUCUGUUCAUAGGCUUCAUUAGAGUUGCGUAUAUUUGUCACUUUCAGUAGCUUAUUGCUAAUAUGUGUCUGUUUUAUAGCUUGCAAGGGAGUUGUAAUAGACUUCUAUUACUAUUAUAUUGAGCCAAAUAUUUACAACAACAACAACAACAACAAGCCUUUAUCCCACUAGGUGGGGUCGGCUACAUGGAUUGCAAGACGCCAUUGUGCUCUAUCAUUUAUCAAGCUUUUAGAAAUAUUAUUAAUUAAGAGAUCACGUUCAAUAACUUCCAAGAGUGUUCUCUUAGGCCUUUCUCUACCUCUCUUAAUCGGACUCAAAGUUAUAUGUUCCACUCUUCUCACUGGUGCCUCCCUUAGUCUUCUUUGUACAUGCCCAAACCAUCUCAACCGAUUUUCUACCAUUUUUUCCUCAAUAGGUGCCACCCUCACUUUUCCGCGUAUGUGUUCAUUUCGAAUUUUAUUUUUACGUAUAUGUCCGCACAUCCAUCGUAACAUUCUCAUCUCUGCUACUCCAACUUUAUGCUCUUGCUGUCCCGUUAGAGCCCAGCAUUCACUACUAUUGAGCCAAAUAUUUAGUAGAAGAAUAUUUCAAUUUCAUUUGGGUCUGGUCUCCAUCAUUCUCUUAAAUUUUGGAUUCAUUGUCUUUCAAUGCUUAUGGUACUAGAUAUGGCCGUUUGAAUUGCAUGACAAGUAUAUCAGUGACAGUGACACCUAACUGGCGGAGUUUGGGAGAUGGUGCAACGAAUUCAGAAUCUAAGUCUGGGAACAAACUUCCGGUGCUGCAAAUGGCAACUGCCCUUCCUGUGGCCUUUGCCAUCUGCAAGACUGCUGCCUUUCUUAUUCGUUAUUUUGGAAUCCCAGGGGGUAGUCUGCCAGCUAUAACAGCUAUUGUUGUAAUACUCGCAAUUGCAUUUCCAAAGCCAUUUGCUUUUCUUGCACCGUCUGGUGAGGCUAUGGCUGUCAUUCUCAUGCAGGUGAGCUUGUAUCUAAUGGUACUGCUGAUUGCAUAGCGUGUCAUAGACCAGGUCUUUCAAUGUUACUUGAAAGAGGUCACAAGCUAAAUUUUUAUGCUCAACAAAAUAAAAUAAAAAAAUAUAAAUGUAAAUAAAAUCCAAUUAACUCAAACGCUAUAAUUUUUCUAAAAAUUACGAAAGGUGAGGUUUUUGGGUGCAGGUGGCUAUUAUUAUUCUUUGGUUUAAAUACAUUUUUGCUAUCUCUGGUUUUGAUUGGAGCCUUUAUUUUCUUCGACAUUUAGAAAUAUGUAAUUUGAUCUUUUAUCACAAGUUUAGUUUUGUUGGCAACAUAAAUGUCAUGUUUUAGUUAACUUGCUUGUGUAGUUGAAAUUUAGGCCUUGGGGAUUUGCUAGGUGAUAAGUAAUCUAGUAAUAUCAUACUUUAGUCACGUGGUCCGUGCGUCUGGACCAGUUUUUCUUAUGUUUGAGGGAAAUUUAGGGUGGUGUCAUUUGAUUCUUCGUCAUCUAGUUAGGCCAUAUAACUCAAACUACACCAUGAAUUAAAGCUUCACAUGUUUAUCCAUUAUUUCCUUUUUAUCCUAUUUAUUUCUUAAUGUUUAUAACAAACGAGGUACUGGGCCUAUAGAAUAGUAGUGAAAAGGGGCAAGGUUGCAACUUCAAGUUUUCUCAAUCUCCAGAAAAGAACUGAGAUGGAAUGGCUCAGUUGCAUUAUUGUUGAAUGUGGAAGGAGAGCAAAUCAAUUAAAUUAAGAAGGAUCAAGUUGAAUCUUCUCCAGUAUUUGGCGGACCAAAAAGGAUAUUUGAGCCUUUAUUCUAUUAUAAUGUGGAAGUAGAAUUUUCACCUUGUAUCUCUGUUCUCUUUUUUGGAUACGUAUAAAUGAUAGUAAGAGUAGGUUAUUCCAAUACUAAUAUCAAGACUUCCGGUUGCAAACAUUUCUUUCUGGUAACUAUGAGUAAUUGACACAAUGAAGGUUGGAUAAAAAAUAGGGAGAAUGACAAUAAAUCCUAAAAAUUGGAAUUUAUGACAGUAAGUCCCUGACAAAAUUUUGUAAAGAAUAAAUUGUAAAUAUUAAUUCAAAUAGUUACAAAUAUAAAUCCUAACUGCAAAGUGACGUUUGUAUUUAAAAUUUAAAUGUUUUUAUUUAUAAUUAGAACUUUUAAAUUUAUGACUAUCGAAAUGUUUAUAAUUGAUUUUUCAGAAAAUUUUAUUGGAUAUUUAACGUUCAUAAAUUCAAAGAUUCAGGACUUUAAUAUCAUUCUCUCUUAAAAAAAAAAUGCGUUUAUGGGCCUCAUUGUCAUAAAUUUUGCAUACUCAAAACUACCACUACUCUUCAGACACACAUGUUUUCCUCCCUCUUGUUCUCUGUGGAAUGUAUUGUAUUUCAUUAUUUAUGAAAUAUCUAACAGGAUCUUUACUUAAUUGACUGUAUGACUUUUGGCAUGCCUG